UGCCCACCAAGUUUGAUGAUUGGAUAAACGGGCCGGAUAUAAUUUACCGAAGGCCCACAAUUCCAAUAUUUAUACUCGAUUCGGGGGUCUGAUCAGGACCAAUUUUCUUUUCUUCUGUAUCUCUCUCUGUACGUACAUACAUACGCACGCUCGCUCGCUCGCUUCGCAAGGCUAAACCGCUAGAACUCUAAUUUCCUGAGGGAGAAGACAAUCAAUCACUGUUUCUGAACUAAUUUACAUCUUGAUUGCCUUGCCUUUGGAUUUGUUAUUUCCUUCUUCUCCAUAGAUGGAUACGAGAUUUGACCAGAGGCUGUAUAAGCUCACUCUAUCUGCAGCAAAGUUGUUAAGGCGAAUGCACAAGGCUUCGAGGCUUCUUGCAAACUUGAUUGUGGUGGGCUCUGGUAUUAUGGCUAGAGCUUUGGUUCAAGCAUAUCGUCAAGCACUUGCGAAUGCCUCAAGAAAUGGAGUUACUGCAGAAGCAGUACAAAACGUAAGAAGAGCGAGCAAAAUUAUGGCUGAACCAGAGGCCAGGCAGAUUUUAGGCGUCACCGAGCAUUCAUCAUGGGAAGAGAUCUUGCAGAAGUACGAUAGCUUGUUCGAGCGGAAUGCCAAGACUGGGAGUUUUUACCUCCAAUCAAAGGUUCAUAGAGCCAAAGAAUGUUUAGAAGUGGCUUACCAAAAGCAAGCUUAGUGUAUCGACUUAUAAUUGGCGGGCCUUAACCUUUUUGCAGACUCUUAAUAGUCAUUCAUGCACAAAUUCUGCUACAUGUCCACAGAAGUCAUUCUAUUAGAGCAAUUAAAACCCCUGCCCAAUCUUCUUUUUCAUGUGUAGUGUAACGAUUGAAUCUGGCAUUUCUUUGCAUCUCAUCAAUGAAAAAUCUCAAACUAUUUAUUUUUUUUUGA